AUGCCUUUUUCAACACUUCGGAGGGUAUUGAGUGAAUUCCCCGCUUACCAGUGGUUGUGGGGACUGCUUUAUUUGGAGAAUUCAAAGGCAGCAGAGGCCAAGACUGUACCUCAUUCUCAGAAUCUUGCCAUUACCAACCAUAUUUUGGAUAUCUUGGAAAGCUAUGGCAAGAAUUGCAAAACCGCGGACGGCCGUGAGCAACCAAAUUGGCUUGGGACCGAGAAAUUUUUCGAUAUGGUAUCCAAGCAGGUCGCUGCAAACCAAGUAGUGAAGAUGAUCCUUCCAGCUUUUCCAUGGAAAAGUAUCAAUACGGUUGACAAAGUCAUUGGGCGGUUGCCUGAUCUCGGAGAAGUGUUGGCAUUGGCGAGACUGAAUACAAUGUGCAAGGAGAUUCGCAAAGUCUAUUUACCUGGCGCUGAAGUAACUAUCGCCACAGAUGGUCUCGUAUUUGACGAUCUUGUUGGGAUUUCGGACGAGGACACAUGGGCAUAUAGCGAGGGACUAAUGAGCAUUCUUUCGAGCAAGGGAUUCUCCGGAAUCAAAAUGCUAAGAGUCAUGGAUAUUUUAGACUUGGUGAAGGAGGAGAAGAUGACUAAAGAGCUCUAUCUGAGCUUGGUUGAGACGUGCCGAUUGAAGCUAUUUCAAGGCUACGCUCAAAUGGAAGAGGAGGUACGUGACAUGAUAAAGACAGACCCGGAUACACUAAUGACGUAUUGCGGAUUCAUUCGAUUUUUGGAGACGGACUUGAGAUAUAGCCCGGUUGCGAAAAACACAUUGAGCGGCCAACAAUACCGCAAGUGCGUGAAAAGGGUUGCGCUUGGAAUGAUGAUUCGAGCAGAAUCUUUCACAAAGCUUAUUCAAGAUCGGUGCCCUGGGUUUGUGCGCCUUUCAAUCCACCCAUCAAGCGGCGCAGUCAAGCUAUCCAUACCUCUCAUAAUUCAAAAGAGUAACGAAUUCCCGAGAACACCAUGGCAUUGCGCAAUCGCUGUGGGGAUUGACGGCUCAUACCAAACAAUCCACGCCAAAAAUGCACGCCAAACUCAUAACCUAAUAGAAGUGGACGGACUCCCACACUACUAUCGCGAAAAAUCAGGUCUGUGGGAUUGGGAGGAUGACAACGCGGUGUUUGAGCCACAGUAUCCGAACGGCAUGCUUGUUCGGCCUUUGCGACAAACCAAGGGAGACAGUCAAUUCCUACAGGUUCAUCAUAUCUUGAAACUCCGCAAGCUAGCAUCCAUUUAUCAAGGACCGAUCAAAGUCAUAGGCUUCGCCAAUUCCAUGCAGGUCUUUCCCCAGAGAGAUUCAGAACAGCAAGUUGUGCAGGUACAAGCGAGUCUGUGA